AUGUUAGCAACAACAGCACCAAACUCGUUAGUCAUGAACCCAACAUCUAUGUUAGUAGAGAUGAAAAGCUUCAUUCCUUCUUCAUAUACUUUCGAAACAGAAAUCCAGAAGAUAAAGCAAGAACUUCUCCAAGGAGUUUUAGACUGUAGUGCAAAAGAUGAAACAAAUGAAGAAUAUCUUUAUGAAAUGCAGGAUAUUAUUGACCAUCUACCUAAACUUCCUGAAAUACAACAACAAAAGCUCACUAUUCCUGAAUUCGAUGAAAUAGAAGUCAAAGCAACUGACUCAGUAGAAACCAAGAAGUUCAUACGUAAGGUAAACUAUGAGUUUCUUGGAUUUCAUUGCAACCACAAA